GCGGUAUCUCACAGCAUGUGCAUCCUCGCCAGCGCGUCGCUGCUCGUCUCGGGCGUCGUGCUCGUCGUCUACGGCGCCAUCUACGCCUCGUACCACGCGCAGCGCAUCGAGAACGUCGAGGGCUUGCGCUUCGUGCCCAACGCCGCCGCCAACCCGUCCGGGUACGCAGCCUUCCUCGCCUCGCCGACGCUGGGCGUCCAAGGCCUCGAGCCGCAGACGCGCAGCUACUAUGUCUUCAACAUCACCAAUAUCGACGCCGUCGUCGCCGGAACCGCGGUGCCACACGUGCAGCAAGUUGGUCCAUACGUCUACGCGCUGACGUCUACCAAGAACAACGUGCGCUUCAACGGUUCGACCGUCAUGUACAGCGUCGGGUCGAACUUUGCCGAGCUCCCCACGCGCUCGAACGGCUCGUCCAGCGACGUCGUCUACACGGUCAACACAUCGUAUGCGCGGACGCUCGCCAAGCUGGGGAACGCAGGCUUCUCCGAGCGUCUUCUUGUCGCAGCCCAUGCGCAGACGCAGCUGUCAGCGUACGCCGCCUACCUGGAGGGCCCGAUGCUCGCCUUCACCAAGCAGCGCCUCGCGUUGCCGUACCUUGCGACCAUGGCAGUAACCACUCGCACAAACGCGCUGCCGGCGGCGCUAUCGAAAUUCCAGGCCCAAGUGGCAUCGCAGACACUGCCGCAGAAUCUGUUGCGACUAAUUGCAACGACACGGCAGGCGUACAUUCCAACGCUACUUCGCCCGAUGUACGAAGCCUUCCUCGUCAACUAUGUGCCAAUGACGCUGUCGAGUCACCUCGCAGCGCUUCAGGUACAGUCGGUGCCGCGCGUUCUCUCCAACGUCCAGGCGCGCCUCGCUGUCGAGGCGGUGCCUACGAUGCUCACCCAGCGUCAAGCGCAGCUGCGGUCGACCGCCGUGCCCGUCGUGCUCUCGCGAAUGCUCUCGCGCCUGCCGACGUACAUUUCAUUCCCGUACUUUGCCCGGGACAUGAUGGAAGAAGCGUGCUUGGAAGCGGUACCGUCGAUGCUGAGCACCAUCAAGGCCGGCGUCGUGCAAGCGUACGUCGACCAAGGCGCGUCAGCCGCCACCGCGCAGCAAAAUACAGUGCUGCAGUGGCUCUCGGCGGCCGGCCCGUGGACGAACCUUGACGCAAUGGUCGGCGGGAACCCGACAGGGCAGCCGCGCUACGGCUUUGAGCUUCGAUCGACGGCCGAUCCGUCACUCGCAUCCUUGGCGCUGAGCACCGACGUCGGCAACUUGCUCUUGGCCGCGACGACCAACCUCGACUUUUCGCUACUAGACUAUACCCCCACGGAUACCAACCAUGGGUUUGGGCUCUGGAAACAGGUGGUCGCGAUGAAUGAAGCGGCGAUCACCGCGCUCAUCGCUGGCGUCAACAACGAGAUCGCGCUACCGGCCAACUACCUCACGCGCGCCCAGGUCCUUGGCGUCCGUGGCUACAUUCUGUCGUGGAGCAAAGGCGCGAUGCUGCACCGCGACCGUCAACGGUACUGGGCGACAGCGUACGCGCAGCGCACGGCAGGCAGCGCCAACGAGCCAAGCGUCGAUAUCGACUGGGUGACGUCCGGUGUUCAAACUGGAUUUCCGCUGCCAUCGACCAACCUCGGUCUCUCGGACGCGCAGUGUGCGAGGCUGUGGGACACCACGGUGUCGCCCUCGUUCUUGACGCCGACGGGAUAUGUCACGUGGACCGCUGCGGGCGCGUCCGACAGCGCCGCCGUGAGCGCGCUGCAGUCCACGUUUGGCCUCUCGACGUCGCAGCUCACCGGCGUGCUCGCGUGGAUCCAAGCGCUCACGUCCAGCGCCAGUGUGAAGACGAAUGCGAUUCGCCACUGGGGCCUCGGCGGCACGUGUCCGUCGCCGUUCAACAACGUGUCGAGCUGCGCAACGUACCAGCUUGAGCCACAUCUAGGGACCUCAGUAUCUGGUUGGGAGCUUCCCAACGCGGCGAAUCUGGUGUUUUCAGAAGCCCUUGUCGCGUACCUCUGGGAUGCGACGCAGACAUUCUCGUUCCUUCACCUUGCGUCGGGCUACACGAGCUGGGUCAACGUCCUUCUCUUGCCAAACGGUCUGAGUAGCCUCACAACAUCGCUCGCAGCUCUCAACCUCGGCGCUGUCUCGGAGGACCACGUGCGACUGGUGGCAACGUGGCUCCAGAACUGGUCGCGCCAUCCGCUGCUCUUGCAGGCCAUGGACCAGACGUGGCGCGACCCGACGACGUUCCCGUUCCUGCCGGCGACGACGCUUGCGUCGCUGACGACGUACCUCAUCAACCGCCCGACGCUGUCGGCCGCCGCUGCCGCGUACUUGAACAGCCCGAGUAGCACCUACGCCGCGCUCAAUACUGCAGGGUACGCAGUGUGGAUGAGCUCGCCGUCGAGUGCACAAGUCAGCUCGAUGCUCGCGGCCAUCAACGCCCAGCUGCCGACGUUCUGCACGCAACUGCUCGGCGGCGCCAACUCGGCGCUGUUCGCCACGCCGCUCGCGGGGUCGUGUGGUGUGCUGACCGCCGCCGACAUGACCGCGCUCCAGACCUAUGUCCAGAACCAGAAAACCGACGCGUACAUGCUGCAGGCGCUGCGCGAGCAAUGGCGCUGCGGUCUCAGGAAUUGGAAUCUCGAGCCGUACCGGGCAGGGCUCCAAGUCGGGUGGGAGCUCUGUCGCAACAGCUCGUGCAACCUAUCGCUGGUCAACGGCACGAGCUGCGUCGUGCCCUCCGCCGCCAUGAACUUGUGGGACACCGCGAAUGCCCUCUCGUUCCUUAAACCCAGCGUGUACCAGACUACGUGGCUGGCUGCUCAGUCGGCAGACGCAGCAACCUCAGCACCGGCAAAGGCAGCGAUCGCGGCGGGGCUCGGGCAGGCGUCGUGGCUGCCGUGGAUGGAUGUCAUCUCGCAGUGGCUGGUGUCGUGGGCGACGCUCGACUACACCAUUCGGGACGUUCUCGGUCUCUGGUUGAAGGCAGCGUGCACGAUUCCGACCGUGGUCUCGCAGACGCCGGUGACGACGACGGCGUCGACGGCGUCGUGCGUGCCGUCCACAACGACCACGUCCGAUGCGGUGCAGUACACCAACUUGGUCGUCGGUGGACGGCCCACGACCUAUUUCGCCUCCAACUUUGCCGAGACGAGCUACACCGAUACGCCCAACAUCGCGGUCUCGACAGUAACGACGGUCGUCACGUGCACGCCGACGACGACGACGACAACGACGACGACGACUGUGACGAAUGGACCGCUGUGCCUCAUGUCGGACGUCACGCCCGGCCUCCCCUUGCUUCAGACUGGCUUUGAGCUCGGCGCCGUCACGUCGACGCUUUCAAUGAAUUUGGUGCAACUCUUCCUCUGGAACCCGGCAACGCCCGUGAGCUUUCUCAAUAUGACGGCGCUCAACACGCUCUGGGUGCCGGCGGCCACCGAUGCGACCAAGGUGGCCGCGCUCGUCGCGCUCCUUCCCGGCGCGUCACUGGCCGACGUCACCACCGUUGUUCAAUGGCUGCGCGCGUGGCGCACCAACCAGCUCAUGUCGCUCUUUGCCCAGACGCAGUGGAUCAACCCGUCGACGUCCGUGCCGCCCUUCAACCUCGAUCCGAGCGGCGCGAGUACGCAAACCGGUUUCGAGCUGCGGUUCACAUCGACCGAUGCGAGCACGUACCCGUCACUGGUGCAGGCGCAGUACCUCUGGUCCCCCUCCAGCGCCUACUCGUUCUUGGACACCGCGACGGGGUUCCCGACGUGGGUCCAGGCGUAUGCCGGGUCGCUUCCGGCGUCCGAAGCGUUUGUCGAUCUGCUCGCCCGGUCACCAACGACGACGACCACGACGCAGACGGCAAGUGUGUCGGCGGUAGCGACACUGCAGAGCGCCACUGGACUCUCGACAGCACAGAUACAAACCGUCUCCAAAUGGCUCGUUCAGUGGGCUGACCACCCGUUUCUCUGGAGUGUCCUUCUGUCCCAGUGGAUCUCCAAGACAACCGUGUUUGCAUCGACGCCAUCGACGCUCAACCUUGCGGCGCUGGAUGCUUCAGGCGCGAUGACGUCCCUGACUGGGUUUGAGCUCACGGUGUCGACACGUGUCACGCCGGCGCAAGCGCGGCAGCUCUGGAAUGUCGCCAACGCAGCGUCGUUUCUCAACCCCAAUCUGCUCAUUCUGUGGUGUUUUUGCCACCCGCAGAUCACGGCCGCGUGUCCACACCUCUCGGACGCCACGGGGCAGCUCCCCGCAGCGGCGAAUGCGUCGGCGGCGUCAGCACUCACUCGAUACGCGGGUCUGGCGCCGGGGUUUCAAAUGACGAGUGCUCCGACAGCUACGCUUGCCCAGUCGUUUGUGUCGCUAGCGACAGGGCUGGCCCCCGCUGACGUCACGGCCGUCGCACGCUGGCUGUUCGAAGCCCCCCAAGCGUCGUUCUAUCAGUUCUUACUCCAGUCGCAGUGGGCGACAGCGGGGCUGCCACUCUAUCCAAAGAAUGCAGGGUUCGAGCUCGCGUACAUCUUCGACCUCACGGCCACGACACCCCGCAACGCCACGGCGGCGCUUCUCGUGCCCAACACCCCAACGCCAUGCGCCCCCAUUGGCGCGGUCCUCGCCGCGCAGCUGUGGCAACCGACGUCGACCACGUCGUUUCUUCACAGUGUCGGCCUGUCUGCGUGGCUGGGCGGCACCAUCGUCGUGCCCGGUCUCGCUGCGUGUCAAAAGACUCAGGUGUCCAACUGGCUGCUGUCGUGGCAACGCCACCCGUUCCUGCGGCAGUUUGUCGAGUACUCGUGGUAUACCACGCCCCUGCCCUGUACCCAGUCGCUUUUUGGCUGCAACCGCGGGUUUGAACUGGCGCUGCCGACCAGUAUCCCGUCUCCGACGACUCUCCCAACGCUUGGCGCGAUCGCAGCCAUCGUCUGGGACGCCCAGUCGCCGCUUUCGUUCUUGCAUCCGACUGGCGGUCUUGUCUGGAAGACGCUCCUCCUCGGUGCUUGCGGGUCGUCGUUUGCCAACGGCACGUGUGCGCCCGCGACGGGGGCGCCAGCGUCGGCGAGCUCGUACCUCGUGGGCCAGCUUGCGUCGGCGCUUGGCGUGUCUGCGCUCGUCAGUGACGUUCGUACCUGCGUCUACCUCAUUGGCCAAGUAUGGCUACUUCAGCUGCUCGACAAUCCCGGGUUUGUGAGCUACGUCUUGGCGGCGACGGGCGGUGCACCGACGCUGCUAGCGCUGCCCAUGCAGCAGUUUGUCAACGCUUCCGUGCUGUCGAUCAACGCGAGUAUGACCGACGUGGGCAUCUUCAGCCAGUUUGAUUCCUCGAUAUCCCUGCAGUGGAACGCGACGAGCCAGGAGCUCGUCAACGUGACACAGCCGCCGCUGGUCGGCAUUCCCGAGCUCAGCGUCUACUGCGCCCGCGCACCAAGCGGCUUUGGCGUCACACCCAACUGCGCACUGAGUCGUAGCUACACACUCGACUACGCGACGGCCAGAGGGCUCAUGCUCGCGUUCAACGACAUGACCGUCGCCAACCUCAACGGACUCGCCGUCGCACGCGGCGUCGUCGUCCUCGACACGUUCUUAGCGCAGCCGUUUCUGUCACCGGACGCGUGCGCGGCCGCGGUAUCUCGCAUGACGUCCCUCUUCCCGGCGCUUGUUGCGUCCACAGCUCGAUGUAGUAGCGUCGGUCCGAGCUACCUCUUGAUCCUGCCCGGCGUUGCGCCAUUCGAGCUCACGGCGUUGGCGCCGAUCCUAGAUGUGCAAGCGUACCUCAAGUACACGGCCAGUGUCUUUGGCUACGCGUCGAGUGGCGGGCUCUUUGUCCAGACGUCGGUGCAGACGCUGCUGUGGCAGAACACGGCCGCCCGACGCCUCCGCCCGACGGCGACGACCACCCUAUCCAACCUCGAUUUCGGCGCCGGCGAUGUGCUAUCGACGGCCGUGACGGCCAACGUCUCGGUCGCCCCGGCGAGUCAGGCGGUGCAGACGUACACGUUCAACACGGACUCGCGCGUCGGGUUCUACGGCUGUCUCCUCGCUACCAACGGCGAGCCUGACGCCAACAACUGCACAACGUCCGACGGUUCGGUGUUUGCGACGGGUGCGACACCGGCGACGCUGGCGCUUCGCUGGCAGUCGCAGUCGCGCGACGUAAACUAUAGGUACGCUGCCGAGAUGCCGUGGAUCGGCGUGCCCACGCGCCGGUACGUGGAGGCGGUCCCCGACCUCACCAACGUCUCGCACCUCUACGACGACCUCCCGGUGCUGAGCUCGUCGCCCCACCUCUAUAACGUCACAUCGACGCUUCCCUUUGCGACGGGACUGGCGCCGAAUGCCAAGAGUCACACGAUGCUACUGGACAUCGAGCCUGUCUCGGGCACGGCGCUGCACCGACGCGAUGCGUGGAUGCUCAGCGUAGCGACAGGCCCCACGUGGCUGUGGCACCAACGCGUGCAGGUAGCGUACGUGCCGUUGACGUGGGUCCUUCAAGAGCAAGCGAUUCCAGCGGCGUCUGCGAGCCUGUACCGGGAUCUCACGGCGCCGGGCCCCAUGGCACCGGAGAAGGUGGCCAUCUGGGAACUCGUACUCGGGUUGGCGUUCGUCGGGCUUGGGAUCUACGCGCUACGGCUCCUCUCGCGCGCACGCUUCAAGGACACGCUUUUGAUCAAGCCCGUGGCCGAGAUGCCGCCGAUCAAGGACGCCGACGUGCACGCGACCGACGACGCGCUGCCCGACAAGACCAAAGCCAUCUAGAUCUCUUGAUGCUCCACUGCACAAAACCAACUAUCAACUUGAUACACAAGAUACCAACACGAAUACAUCUUGUUUUUUCAUUAGAGCA